AUGGACAAUGAUUGUGAUGACCAAGACUUGAACUCUAGUAAAUCUGACAAUAACGAUUCCCUAUUUCGAGAUUUAUAUCAGUUUCCUCUUUCACCAGAUAUCAAGAACUCUACACUCAAUGCCGGUGAUGGCGUUAAUAUCACUGAUGUUUCCCAACUAAAGUUUAGUCCUAUAUACUCUAAUGACACUUCUUUUGACCAUCGCUCAAGUUUAUUUGAUAAUUCUGAUGAUACGACGUAUCAUAAUGUUUUGAAAUUGAAAGGAAUACCAGAGAUUUCCAUAAGCCAAAUUCCUGAGAGUGAACAGUCUCGAAAAAGUCUAACUGGUUUUAGUGAAAACGAUGAGAUUAAAAAGCAUUAUUCUUCUGAUAUACAAAAACAAGUAACCCCAAAUCUUCUGCUAAGGACUAAAAAUUUCAUGAAGAAACACCAUAGUUGCAUUGAUACCCCUCCAGCUCAUUGGAUAUCAGCACCAGUGGCCUUAACACCAAAUCGUGAUCUAGUUCACAGUUGUUCUUCCAUAGAGAAUGAAGUUUGUUUUCUGGUUAAUCAAGUACAGAGUACAGACUUUAUCACUUCAGUACAAUAUGCUCCGAAAUGUUAUAUAAAAUCACUUGAUUACGCACCUUCAUUUAGAACACCAUUUAAUGAGAUUGAUAACCCACCAAAACUACCGAAAUUCGAAGAUAACGUAGCUGCUACAGUGAGUGAAGUGCGUACGUGGAUAAACAAAAUAAUUGACGACAGCUAG